UUUAAGACGUGUUUUAAAUGAAACUUUUCAUGAAAAGAGUUGGGAUGAAAGAUAUGAAAUUCUAUUAGAAAUUUCAUUAUGUAUUUCUAAACUUCAUGAUGUAAAGAUAAUUCACAAAAAUCUUCACAGUGGCAACAUUUUACUUGACCGACAAUCCGGCAUGACAAUUAGCGAUUUAGGAUUAUGUAAACCCCUGGAUAAUGAAAAUUCAAAGGAUGUUUAUGGUGUAAUUCCUUAUGUUGCACCUGAACUUCCAAAAGAAACUCCUCCGCAUAUAAAAAAAUUAUUAAGUAAAUGUUUAGAUGCAAAUCCCGAAGGGCGUCCUACUAUGCAACAAAUACAUAAAAAGUUGGAUAGUUGGAAGCAUAAAAUUCGGGAUAAUCCUUCUUCGAACGUUUACAAAGAAUUCCAACUGGCCAAUGAAGAUUGGAAAAAGAAUUCUAGUUCAAAAAAAUUGAAUUUAACUAUUCAUGAAAAAGCUGUUUACAAAAGUCAAAUUUUAAAGUUUAAGACUUCAAAACCCAUAAAUGCUAUAAAUGGCAUGGCUAAAAUUUCUUCAAUAACAUAG